AUGUACUUAAAGACUGGAGUGGAUUAUCGCAAGCCAGACGAGACGACUCCACCAUGUCAAGAUGGGAACACCACGGACUGUGUAAUGGGUGGCUUUGCGGCGGCCUACUUCCAGGUCCCAGACAAGAGCGAUCUGACGCUCGAGCUGCAUGUGAAGGUCCCUGGAGAAGCAGAUCUCUCCCAUUCCUGGGACAUCCAAACCGCCGACGCAGGCUCGGGAGACGCGCAGGCGAGGAUCGCGUUCCUUUACCAAAACCAUUCGGAGUACCUGAAGAAAUGGCGGACAGGCAGCCUCUCCGACAACACCAAAUUUACCAACGCUUGGUUUAAUGAGAAGUUUGUGGACAAGGAGCUGACCAUCCAUGAUAUUGAUUCCUCGAACUUCAAGCCAAACCUGGAAACGAACG